GGACUGAAAGCAGAAUUUCGCGAGGAGCAAGUAGCUUGGGGCCUUCGAUGCAUCUCGGCUGCCCUGGACUUCUUGACGGGAUCCCCGCGCCACAUGACGCACGGCAUGGUCUGCAGCCAGAAUAUUUUUGUGACCAAAGCAGGAGACUGGAAAUUAGGAGGGCUUGAUCUGCUCUGCGAGUGGCGCGAGGGCGGCAAGGACAUUUUUCACUUCCAGCUUCACGAGGCCUUGCUUCCUGCCCAAUACCGUGCACCCGAG